AGGAGAGGGAGAAGGAGGACGAGAGGAGAAGACGGAGAGGCAGAGCGGACGAGAGAAAACGUCAACUGAUGAAGGAAAGAGAGAGAUAGAGGGAGAGUUGCCCAGCUUAAGUCGGCUCGCCUCGGCGUAUCCGUCAAGUGGAAUUUUUGGUUUUUCAAAUACCGGGCGUGAUUCAUCCCCGGCGCGGUGUUUGCACUUGUGCGUGCGGCGAGCAGCAGCGCGAGCACGGGCACGGGCCGCCGACGAGAGCCGGCCAGAGGGUGUUGUUCUUCGGGGUGAAAACUGGGUGCGUGAAGUCAACUUGUAUCGGUAUUUAUUGUGAUUCAAGAUGAAGAAGCCAAAUACGCAGCCAGCUCUCCACAAGGUUAUUAUGGUGGGAAGUGGAGGUGUUGGGAAAUCUGCACUCACUCUGCAAUUUAUGUAUGAUGAAUUUGUGGAAGACUAUGAACCCACCAAAGCAGAUUCAUACCGCAAAAGAGUUGUGCUGGAUGGAGAGGAAGUACAAAUUGAUAUUCUAGAUACAGCUGGUCAAGAAGACUAUGCUGCUAUCAGAGAUAAUUAUUUUCGAAGUGGUGAGGGCUUCCUAUGUGUGUUUUCUAUCACUGAAGAUGACAGUUUCCAAGCAACUCAAGAAUUUCGGGACCAAAUAUUGCGUGUGAAAAAUGAUGAAAACAUUCCAUUCCUUCUGGUGGGCAACAAAAGCGACUUAGAUGAGAAACGCAAAGUUUCGGUCUUUGAGAGUUGCAGCCGUGCAGCAACAUGGGGUGUUCCAUAUGUUGAAACAUCUGCUAAGACCCGUUCCAAUGUUGACAAGGUCUUCUAUGACUUGAUGAGGGAGAUUCGAUCAAGAAAAAUAGAGGACAAUAAGCCUGGUAAUAGCCGUGGCAAGGACAAAAGCAAGCGCAAGAAGCUGAAAUGUGUUAUUCUUUAGGUGAGUUUUGGCAGAUUAUCGCAUUAGGGAUAAUGUUGGGUAUUGUGCCUUAACAUCCCUACCCAAACACUCAAUACUACGCCUAUUGUCUUGAGACUGCAUCUAACUUGCACUUCCUCUGUUAAAUGGCGAACCUCUCUAUGUUCAAGGUGUCAAAGAGAAUGAUCUAGCAACCACUUCAAGUACUUGAUUGUGUCAUGUCAUGUGGCAUAAACUGUCUUGUGGUAUCUUCAUGUUUUGUCCACUUGACUAUUUAAUGCUUCAAACUUUUAAGGAACUCAGCAACUUAGAUUGUUACCAAGCUUUUCUGGUUUACUUGUAAGAAACUAUUUUAUCUGACAUCAUGUCUAAGGGAAAAAUCACUCACACGGAAACAAAGUUAGCCAUGUAAUUGUAGUGAUACAAUUACAACUGGUUUGUGUGAUGUCAGAUAUUCUUUGUUUUAAAAUUCUCACAUAUUUUAAUUAUGUUUUUCAGACAGGAAAGACUGUAUGUGAAGGCUUUUAUUGCAUAACUGUUCUCUUGACUUGUACAUAUUGAGAAUCGUGAUUUUCAUUUCAUAAUUUGCAGAACUCAGCAUCACAUCAGUUCAUUUAUUAAAAAUACACUCUUUUUUAAAAUCCCGAAUACUUUUCAAACAAGAAUAAUCUUGGUUGAAAAAAGCCUAAUGUCUUCUGAUUGUGUUCUUGUUCUUCUGUAAUGGCCUUAGGCUGUCUGUAGAAGAAAGAGAGCUUAUCUCUCUCUCAUUAUUUCCAUGUUGACUUUCUUGCAUUAUUUUGUGACCAGUAUUAGUUAAUGCUUGGAAGAUCUGUUGCAUUAGCACUGACCAUAAGCAAAGACAUUUUAGCUUUUGCAACUUUGUAUGUUUUAUUUUUGCAAUGUUGUGGCAGAUCUCUUUUGGGUAUGACAUCGAACACUCAAAGAUGUUACAACCUCUUAUUCUCUUUAAUUUUCCACUUCUUUUGAAACUGAAGCAUUAUUCUGUGUAUCUUGUUUUAGGUGCUUGUCACCUUGUAUCUCCACAAUUAUGCAAGUGCAAAUACCUUGAUGCAUAGACACUUCAUGCUAAAAUUAAAAUUCAAGAAUUUUCCUUUCCCAAUAAUAGCUUUUGAAAUUAACAUGAUUCAGGGUACAAACAAGGGUUCAGCAAAGUGAUAUCUCUCAUUCUCUCCUGUGCGGUGUGUAGUAUAUUUGUGUAUGUGGAGAAAAGUGAUGAAGUGCAAUGUAUGUGUAUGUUAUCACAAACUUUCAAAUAUUUAGAGCACAUUUAAACUAUCUUCAUUUGUUCUCUGUCCUGUAUUUAUGGUUUUCAUAUUUUAUUACCAGACUUAAAAUAAUUAAUUAAGUGAAAAGUGGCAGUUGGGAGUUUAUUGGCAUGCUGUCUGUACUUACCAAAUUUAAUAUUCAUUUUUUCUCUCCUUUUUAAGUGUUUUUUAAAACUACAUGAGGCUUGAUAUCUUCUCUACACGGUUGUUAAGUAUUGGGUCUACCAUGUCUUUUCACUUUCUUCCGUGAGAGACAAUGAUCUACUUCAAAAACAGUUUACUAGUAAUAUUUAUUUCUGAAAUAUAUAUACCUUCUGGUAUUUCCAAUUUUAAAUCUAACUAUUAUUAUCUUCAAAGAAUGCCACCAAUGUUGCGUUUACUGUCCAGUUGAGGAACUGCCAAAAUGUAUGUGCUAAACAUCAUUUUCCCAAUCUUUGUAAUUUUCUGUUUUUUAAUAUAUGUUAAGUAAUUAUGUGAAAUGUAUAGACCACAUGAUCGAUAUCCUAGAAUGAUAACGCACAAGUUGGAUAUCAUAAAGACUGUACCCCCCUAGUUCGGUCUUUCUGCAUUGUAUUGGUUUGGAGAAUCUCAUCUUUGCACAAUAUCCUUUUAUUUGGCAUGUGGAAAACAUAUUCCUAAAAUUCAUCAGCAGUUUGAUUCCCAGAACCAAAGUAUUUUUGUAGAGUAAAAAUACAAUACAUCUGUUGUGUACAACUCUUCUUUGGGAGCAUCUCUAUUCCUAUUUUCAUGUAUCCAUCUGAUUUGCUUUAUCUACAUUACAUGAAUUCAUUUGUCAUUGUAAGAAUUGUGUUUUAUCAUGCUAAGUGAUGUGUUAAUAUGAUAUGUAAAUACUG